AUGGAUUGGUCCCUGAAGCGUUUCAUUUUCGCUCUUGUUAUGCUCAUUCUUCAGCGCAAUGGCGAUUUAUUAGUUGAUGGUGGAGACACCCUCUCUUUGGGGGUUUCUCUGAGGGAAAAGCAGACUAUUAUUUCAAAGAAUGGUACUUUUGAAUUGGGAUUUUUUAGUCCUAACGGAACCAGCAAAUGGUAUGUUGGCAUCUGGUAUACCCAGAUCUCUGUCAAGACCAUCGUUUGGGUGGCUAACAGGGAAACUCCCAUCAAACACACGCCGGGUAUUUUGACGCUCUCUACGUCUGGUUAUCUCACCAUAUCUGAUUUGCAAGGAAAAGCCGUUUGGUCCAGUAAUAGUACUCAGCAGGCAAAGGCGUCCAGAGCUUCCAUACUGGACAGUGGAAAUUUUGUUCUUUUAGGCUCCAAGAACACUUCUGAGAUUGUGUGGGAGAGCUUCGCGAAUCCCACUGAUCAUCUUUUGCCUACGAUGAAGUUUUGGAAAGGUUUGAAAUUAAUCUCUUGGAAGAGUUCGGUGGAUCCAGCGCCUGGGCCCUUCAUUCACCAAAUGGAUCCAUCCCCAGGAAAGAAUAGCUUUUUGCUGCAGUAUAAAAAUGGUGUUUCGUACUACAGCACGGGAGAGUGGAGUGGUAAAGAUUACGCCACCGUACCACCGGGAUUAUCUUCUACCUUAUAUCAACAGGAAUUGGUGGUGUUUUCUCCGACGAGAAUGUACUACAUGUAUUCGUAUACACCCAAUGCUGAUUCUACGGUGGUGAUGAAGGAAGUUCUCCACGAGAAUGGCGAGAUAUCACGCUACUCUUGGGCAAAUAAUAAUUGGAACCUGAUUAAUAGAGCACCCACAUCAAGUUGCGGCGUGUAUGGUGUAUGUGGGGCUUAUGGGGUGUGCUUCACCCAAGAAAAUAUUCAGUUAUGCGAAUGCGUGCAAGGCUUUCAGCCAAGAGACUCAAAUUCCUGGCAUUCUCAGGAAUGGUGGCUAAGCGGUUGUGUUCGCCGUACUCCAUUAAACUGCUCCGCCAUCAACGGCAGUAGGAGUGACGACAUAGAUGGUUUUCUCCAAAUUAGUAAUACCACUUUGUCUGAUGAAGAAGGUGUUCAGUAUGGCCAAGAGUCGAGUCUUCUAGAAUGUAAAACUGCUUGUCUCAACAAUUGCUCCUGCACUGCUUUUUCUUUCACUAAUUCUAUUCCUGGUGUUUGUAAAUUGUGGUUUAGCGAUCUGUUAGGCCUGCAGGCUACUUCUUCUACCGGCCAGCCCUCAUUCAUUCGAUUGGCUGCUUCUGAUGUGCCACAGCGUGGAAGACUGCUUGGGCAUGUCGAGGAUUACGACACAACAAUAUCGCUCAGAACAUUCACUUGCAACGAGCUCAAAACUGCGACCAACAAUUUCACCCAUAUGUUGGGAAAGGGAGCAUUUGGCUCUGUCUUCAAAGGAACUCUGCCAGAAGCUACACUUGUGGCCGUGAAAAAAUUAGAGGGUCGUGCGCAAUCAGAAAAGCAAUUCCGUGCUGAAAUAAGCACCAUUGGAAACAUACAACAUGUGAAUUUGGUGAGGCUCCGGGGAUUCUGCGUAGAGGGAUCUCAAAGAAUGCUUGUUUAUGACUUUUUGCAAAACGGGUCUCUCGACUCUUUCUUGUCCCGCAAGUCUAAAGAAGCAGACAGAUUGUUGGACUGGAAAACCAGGUUUGGAAUCGCUUUAGGUACUGCAAGAGCUUUAGCUUACCUUCACGAAGGAUGCAGGGAUCGCAUCAUCCAUUGCGAUAUCAAGCCAGAGAAUAUUCUUCUAGAUGCAGAUUUUUCCCCAAAAAUCGGGGAUUUUGGACUGGCAAAACUUGUUGGCAGAGAUUUCAGCGCAGUGUUGACGACAACAAGAGGAACGAGAGGGUAUUUGGCUCCGGAGUGGAUAUGCGGCCUGCCAAUCACAGUGAAGGCAGAUGUAUAUAGUUUCGGCAUGACCCUGCUCGAAAUAAUCUCAGGCCGACGAAAUAUUGAUUUGAGUGUGCAAGAGUCGCAAUACUUUCCGACGUGGGCAGCAACAGAAAUUCAGAAAGGGAACAUAAUGGGCAUCGUGGAUGAAAAAAUUGCAGACAAAGCGGAUGUGGAAGAGGUUAGAAGAGCAGCUGUGGUAAGCAUUCAGUGCAUUCAAGAGGAUGAGAAUAGGAGGCCGAGUAUGAGCCAAGUUGUUCGGAUGUUGGAAGGCAUAUCGGAUGGUGACGUGGAAUUAUGA